GGAGCAAGAAACCACCGAUCCCCCAAGCACCGAAAGCCCACCGAAAAUCCUCCCCAGAAUUCGAUCAUCUCCGUCCUCGCAGCCGAUCCAAUUCCCUUUCUCCCACCCGAAUUACCCCUUGAUCCAGCUGAUUUCUGCCCCGAUUCCCCUGCGCGGGGGUUAGGGUUUGCGUGAUUCAAGGUUGCCGUCGGGAGGGGAAAGCCUAGGGUUGGUGAUGGAUUCCGAUGAAGACAUGCACGACGCCAACGGUUCCGAGUCCCUGGAGGAUGAUUUCUAUAGCGAGGAUAUGGGGAUGGAGUCCGAUGAUGAAGAUGCCGACUAUGAUUUCGGCAAUGAGGAGACAAAUGAUGAUGCCGAGGACAUCACCUUCCAUCGCCAGCAGAACUACACCAUUUUAAGUGAAUCUGAUAUACAUCAGCGCCAAGAGGACGAUAUAAGUAGGUUAUCUACCGUACUUUCUAUUUCAAGAUUUGCAGCAUGCAUCCUUCUUCGGCACUACAAGUGGAGUGUCAGUAUGGUACACGAGGAAUGGUUUGCAGAUGAACAUGAUGUCCGUCAGGUUGUCGGCUUGCUGGAGAACCCAGUUGAAAUUCCAAAUGUUCGGGAACUGACUUGUGGAAUAUGUUUUGAAACAUAUCCUCGCAAUAUAAUGAGUGCUGCUGCUUGUGGUCAUCCUUUUUGUGGGGCAUGUUGGAGAGGUUAUAUUGGCACAUCAGUAAGUGAUGGUCCUGGAUGCUUAAUGUUGCGAUGUCCUGAUCCUUCCUGUGGUGCUGCUAUUGGUCAGGACAUGGUCAAUAAGUUAGCUACAGAGGAAGAUAAAAAGAAGUAUGCACGCUAUCUUCUUCGAUCAUAUAUUGAAGAUAAUAGGAAGACAAAAUGGUGCCCUGCUCCGGGCUGUGAGUUUGCAGUGGAUUUUGUAUUCGGCAGUGGAAGCAAUGAUGUUUGCUGCAAAUGCUCAUAUAGCUUUUGCUGGCAUUGUACCGAGGAAACUCAUCGACCAGUGGACUGUGGUACAGUUGCCAAGUGGAUAUUAAAAAACAGUGCGGAGUCUGAAAAUAUGAAUUGGAUAUUGGCUAAUUCCAAACCCUGUCCAAAAUGCAAACGGCCAAUUGAGAAAAACCAGGGUUGUAUGCAUAUGACAUGCACACCUCCAUGUAAAUUUGAGUUUUGCUGGUUAUGUCUCGGUGCAUGGUCGGAACAUGGAGAGAGAACUGGUGGUUUCUAUGCUUGUAAUCGUUAUGAAGUAGCAAAGCAGGAGGGACUAUAUGAUGAAUCUGAAAGGAGGAGAGAAAUGGCUAAAAACUCUCUUGAGAGAUAUACACAUUAUUAUGAACGUUGGGCAACCAAUCAAUCAUCAAGGCAAAAGGCACUUGCAGAUCUGCAUAGCAUGCAAACUGAAAAGCUUGAGAAGCUGAGUGAGAAACAAAGCCAACCAGGGUCCCAGCUCAAGUUCAUAAUUGAAGCCUGGUCACAGAUAGUGGAGUGCAGGCGAGUGCUGAAAUGGACAUAUGCUUAUGGAUACUAUCUACCUGAGCAUGAGCAUGCAAAACGACAAUUUUUUGAAUAUCUGCAAGGUGAAGCUGAGUCUGGUUUAGAACGGCUUCAUCAAUGUGCAGAGAAGGAACUUCAGAUUUACCUAGAAGCAGAUUCUCCCAUGAAAGAGUUCAGUGAUUUUCGUACAAAACUGGCUGGACUAACCAGUGUAACUCGAAAUUAUUUUGAGAAUCUCGUUCGAGCCCUGGAAACUGGCUUGAAGGACGUGGACUCCACCAACAGCCAGGCUGCAUGCAGUCAAAGUUCUAACUCGAAGAGUGUGUGCGGCAAGGGUAGCAAGAGUGGAAAGAACAAGGCAGCUCGAUCAGGUGGUCCUAGUCGCAGCUUGGAUGAUCACUGGUCAUGCGAUCGCUGCACCUUUUUUAACCCUGGGUCUGCCACUACAUGCCAGAUGUGUGAGCAUCACCUACCAACAUAACCCCAUCUCGAGCUGAAAAAGUAAAAAAAAAAAAUAAAAAAAAGAAUGGCCGAUGUAGCUGAAGGUUUCAAGAGGAAUAAAGGAAGAAGCUGCCUCUUAUCUUGUCCUUUUUGGUUCUUUGAACAGGUAAAUGCAUCAUAUAAUAAUUCUGUAUAUAUUUAUGAAUAUAUAUUUGUUUCUAGAUACAUAUGCUAUUGUCAGUUGAGUGAGAAACCAGCUUGCAAAUGUAAUUAUUUUUCAAAACGGACUGUAGUGGUACGUAUCCAUUGGCUCGAUCAAAGUUAGAAAGGGAAAAUUAUGGUGCUCCUGUUGAUGAGUAGUUAUUGUAUUGGCUGAUGAUCAAAAAUGGACUGCUGAGGUAAAUGUAUGUAAUAUAACUAUCAUAUCUUAAUUCAUCAA